CACAUAAUUUAAAUGAAAACAAAACAAACAUUUAAUUGAAUUGUUAUUCCAUUUAAACGACAAUUAAUUUGUUUUGAAUUCAAUUAAAACAAUCAAUAAAUCAAUCGAUGAAUACAUGAGUCUAAACAUUGACUGAAUGUAAACAAUAAGACAACAGUUGUCUUAUAAAUACUAAUAUCAACACAAAUACCAUAUAAUUAACGAUUAUCAAAACUGAGAGAUAGUUAGAGAUAUGUUUCAUAUAUUGAGAAAUACAUUGAAUGUCAACAAACAUGUCAUGUAUUCACACAAUGUUUGGACAAUCAAUGAUUGCUUCAGAAGAAGUUGUUUUACAAUUCACUCGUUGGUCAACACAUUAGACAAGAAUCAGUUCAUUGAAGAUCUAAUGGAUGAGGAAAGAGAGAUUAACUAUGAAAGUGAUGUCUCUCUGUUUGAUAUCAAAUAUUUUACACCAAAAACAUUAAGUUUACUGAAUAUCAAGUUUAAUGAAAAAAACACCAAUUGUUUCAAUAGUUUAAUGACACGUGAAAUCAGUAGAGCAAAUAUCGCUAAUUAUGUGAUUAGCGAUGGAGUCGACUACACGACUGAUUCAUUGACGACUCAGCUGAAGAAUUUUACGGACAAUGAGAAUGCCAUCGACUUCUUUAGAUCUAUAGCUGAAGUAAUGGAGGCGAAGAAAAUGAAAAGGAGUGGCAAUGAAGAGGCAAUUGUCUCCCAAUUUGUUAUGAAUCUGUUGUUUGCUAUCGGUUUGAAUAACAUGACUCAUAAUUACAAGAUAUCAAUGGAUUUAAUGAAUAAUUAUAGACUACCCGUCCGACUCAGUGGACGACCUGAUCUAUCAUUUAAGGAUAAAGAAGACAACAUUUGGCUUAUAUUAGAGUUGAAGAAACCGAAUGAUAAUUACUCGGAGGUCGAGAAAUAUAAGUCACAGACUAUUGGCUAUGGAAUCACAAGUUUUUUCAAUAAUUUAGUCAAUGAGUCAUCUUCUGGUGUAUUGUCCAGUAAUUAUGACAAACAAUUAAUAAACACAAGACAUGCGGUAUUAAUAAGAGGAAUGAGAUUUCAUUUUUUCGAAAUAUCAAUUAAUGGCAAACAUUUGGAUCAAUUGAAUCAAACCAUUGAUUAUACAGACGAUUAUAUUCAGUCGUCUAAUAUUUUCAUUGACGUGACUGAAUGGCCAACACAUGGAAAGGGAUUAAAUUAUUGCCGAUUUAAUGAUCGCAUCCAUAUAUUAUUAGCACUUGAAUUGAUUUACUCAUUAAGACAUCGUUUUUCAGACAAUUGA